CAGGACUAACACAGGCCAUCUAACCUCUUGUCCAUUCCAAACUAAAACUGUCACCAGAUACCUAGACCCACGCUGAAACGAUAAAAAGCGAGUGAAAAGAAAUCGUUCACUUGAUUCAAGCUUGUGAAGAUAUUGGAUUUAUCGGAAACAACAGUUAGCGUUUGAUUCAACGUAUUUCACAAAAUAUAUUGGACAUUAAAUCGUAUGAAUAUUGGUUACCGUCUAUUAUGAAUCAAGGACGCGGUAAGGUGUACGGUCUUAGUUUCCCAACUAGAAAGCCUAAAAAUGAAAUAAAGGUUUCGUUAAAUGACGUCUUCAACGAGGAAUCCGAUAAAGAGGAAAACUACAAAGAACUUAAACCAGCCGAUUAUUCUCAAACGACUUGCAUAGCUCAGAAUAGGAUUAAUCGAAAGGUAAAAACAGAGUUAGAAAAAGCCUUCGAGGAAGACCCAUCAGUAUUUCAAUACGAUGAAUACUUAGACGAUAUACACGAUAAAAAAGCAGAAGAUAUUUCUAGAAAAACCGUCAAAACAUCCAAGUAUGUCGGUAGACUUAUAAAGGCAUCCAAUGAGCGCAAACUUGAGAGAGAGCUAUGUGUUGAACGGAAGGCUCAGAAGGAAAUUGAAGCAGAAUCUGAUCUGUGUAACAACAAGGAGUCAUUCGUUACCUCAGCGUACAAAAGUAAAUUAAGUGAACUUCGCGCACUCGUAGAAAAACGCAAGGAAGAAGAGGAGAGAGAGAAAGUUAUGGAUGUUUGCAAACAAGAUGGCUUGGGGGGAUUUUACCGGUUUAUGUUUGAUAAUCAAGAUAAAACAUCUGCGGGAUACUCAGAGGAAUGCCACCAUCGCACUACAAGCAAAGAAGAUUGUUUGGAAGCAGACUCUAACUCUGCAUCUACAAUUAAAAAACAAACUGUAAAAGAACAUACAAGGAAAAAGACCGAUGUUAUUAUAGAGCAGUAUGAUAAUGAUGAUGAUAAUAAUAAUAAUAGUAACAAAAAUGUAUCAUCACCCUCACCAAAUAAAGCUUUUCCUAACUGUGAUGAUGAUGAUGGUGUAACCGAAAGUGAUCGUAAAGAUGAUAAAACAAGAGCCUCUCAUCAAUCGAAAAAAGAUCUAAAUACUUAUUUGAAUAAAAAGAAUCAAAAAGUACCUGGAAUAAUAAUGGCACGUUUACGAGUAACUACUGAUGAAGAAUUAAUUGCUGCUCGUCAACGUUAUUUAGAUAGAAAAGCAGCUGGAAUACAUGCAGUUAUAGUUGAAUCAGAUUAAUGAUUGAUUAAAUGUUGUUCUUCUCAUUUUUCUCUUGUUUCUAUGUAUAUGAAUUCAUAUUUUUAUAUUAUUUAUUGAUUUUUUUAAAUUGUUGUUAUGGGAAAUAAUCUUUAAAUUGGGAUAAAAAAAAUUAGCUUGGUAACAAUAUCCAUUUAAUAUCAAUGAACUGAGAAUGGAUAUUAUUACUAUUAUUGUAUAAAAAUGUAUUGUAAAUAAAUCAUAAUUGAAUAUAUCCUUUUCAUUGUAAUUUGCUUUUCAUAUAGUCACUAAUUGAUUUCUUGUUUAAUUGAGUUAAUUUGAGUAAAUAUUCCCCCCCACCACCACCAACCCUCACCCCUGUGAUAACUUCUUCUGUUAUGGUUUAUUAUACUUCUAAAUAUAGUUGAUAAGAGAUCAUUUCAAAUGUAAUGUGAUGUAUUUACUACACUAUAGAUAAGUGUAUAUAGUGAUUUUGUCCAUUUUUGUUCCUCUUGUUAUUAUUGUAUGCGAACAGAUUAAGAGUAAAUUAGCUGUUUUGAUUUGGUAAAUUACAUUGGUGUUAUAA